AUUAGUUAUACUUGGACUUCUUACUUACCACUCAUUCCAAUUCCAAUCCCUCUUCUCAUCACCAUUCUCCCCACUGCUAAUGAAUCUCUUCAAAUCCGUUUUCUCAGAUGACCCGGACCCUCCAAGACCCGAAUCCGGAUCCAACAAUGCACCGCGAGACAAAUCCCGGGAUCCCGAUUCCCCGCCCCGAUCCAGCGCCAUCGAUUCCGCCGCCGCCGGAGUAGGCGGCGACGGUUGGAACUUCGGCGGCCUCAUCAAGACCCUGACAACGAAAUCGGAAUCCAUAAUCGAGACCUACCGUCGCGAUCUGCAGGAAUUCGGCACCGGUUUGAAGAAAGAGAUCGAGGUAGCGCAGGGUUCUCUUGGGACCGUGGGCCACGUCAUCGACGAGUUCGGAAACACCGUCGUGAAAGGAACGGCUCAGAUCAUAUCUCAAGGUAAGGACGCAAUCCUCGCCGUCGAUCUCGAUUCCGAUUCCGAUAAUAACAGCAGCAAUAUGAAGAGCCUUGAUUCGGCUCGGUACAGUAGGUUCAACGCUCACGUUCGUGCCAUUCAGGGUGACGUUAGCACUUACUCCGAGGAGCCCGAAGAUUUGAAUGAGUUCAAUGAGUGGAAAUUAGGGUUUUCGUUGGAGGGGAAGGGUGAGGAAAUGGAGGGGCUUUUUAGAGAGAAUGAUGCUAUGGAGAGUGUUUACAAAAAGGUUGUUCCAAACACCGUUGAUAAUGAAACUUUCUGGUAUAGGUAUUAUUAUAAGGUCUAUAAGCUCAAGAAAGCUGAAGAUGUUAGGGCUAGGUUUGUGAGUGGAAUAUCUGGGGAAGAUGAGGAUUUGAGUUGGGAUGUUGAAGAUGAUGAUGAUAAGGAUGGUGAUGGUAAAAAUAGAGGUGAAGUUAAACCUGUGGUUAUGAAUAAAGAGGUUGGUAGUGAAAAUGUGGAUAAUUCCCGGUUACAUGUUGGUGGCAGUGAAGGGGGAACAAAGAGAUUGGAUGUGGAAGAGGAGUCUAAGGAACAAAAGAAAGACGAUUUACUGCAAAGUGAGGAAGUUGGCAACAAGGUGGAUACUAAGUUUGUUGAAGAAUCACAAGUUGAGAAAUCUGAAUUUGUUGGUGACAAGGGUGGUGUCGAUGAGGCAUCGAAGUCAAAAGCGGAUGAUGAUGGUUUGAGCAAGAAUGAUUUGGCGGGUGAAUCUGAUGAGAAGGUGGUAAAGGAAAGGGAGGGUGGUGAUGAGAAAACUUCCAGUAAAAGAAACGAGUCUUCGGUGGUUGAAAUUCAGCAUUCGGCAAACGAGCAGGAGGAGGAGGACCUUGGGUGGGAUGACAUUGAGGAUCUUAGUAGUAUUGAUGAGAAGAAAACAACGCAGCAGAGUGGUGGUGGCGCAAGCAAAGUUGAUUUGCGGAAGCGGCUUAGCUCUACGGAACAAGAGGAAGACUUGAGUUGGGACAUUGAAGAUGAUGAUGAUGAGCCUGCUAAGGCUUGAAAUGUUUGAUGCUUUCUGUUCUGAUUUCUCAAUGGAAGUGUAUGGUGUAAGUGUCAUUUUCACGCAAAGAAAUUUGUCAGUGUUUUUAUAUUUUCAGAAACUGUUUCUAUGUUAUUGUUUCUAAAAGUCUGCCUCUGCCUUUUAUUUUCAUUACCAGUAAUAUAUUCCUUUAAGAAA